GAGGAGGGGAGACUUGAGACUUACUGCUGAGCAAUGGCGGAGAGUGACAGGAACUGUGUGAGGAAGGAUACAGGGAAGGCGAGGAGAAUGAGGCGGACGGAGAAGAAGAGGGUGGAGAGGUAGCCAUUGACGGAGGGGGGUUCCCUUUCCCUUAUGAAUGAUUAUUUUUUCUUUUCUCUCUUUCUCUGUCUUUCCUUUUGCUUUGUCUGUUGGCCCUUGUUUUUUUAAUUACCCUCUUUUUUUUUCUUCCCCAGUUGUCAGCACCGUAAGUGGAUAAGCCGGAUGGAACGAUGCCAAUCCAGGCACCCCCCGGAUGACUUCUCCCUGACAGUGACAGGUACACUGUGUCUCUCUCUCCCCAGAAUACGUACCCUCCGCGGAUGCCGCCGUCGCCGUGAUACUAUGACUCAGGGGAAAAAUCAUGCAACUCCCCUCUUUCGCUUGCGGGGAAACUCAAAACCGUCACAAACAGCAGCCGAACCCAUGGCGUCAUGGCGGGAGACGCGGGAUCCAAAGCCUGGAGAGAGAGGGGCAAAGCGGAGCUCCCACGGUACGGUACGUAUUGUUUCUAUAGGCCGCACAGACAAUCAAGGCCAGUGUCGACUAUCGUAUUCCACGACGGGAAGGAGGGGUGAUUGGUUCCUGAGGAACCGACGGGCACUAGUCGUGAUCGGGGCUAGUAAGUUACUCGCUAGUAACUUACCGCCAGUGGGAGGGAAAGCGGUCACGCUGAGCAAGAAAAACGAGGAAUGAAACCUAGCCAAACAAGGUCACGUUGCAAGGUUAAAGGAAGGAGUCCAAGGCAGGUAAAAUGCCAGCGAGUGGAUGGUUGAAUCGGCACGUUCUUGGCCGGUCUGUUUGGAAUCCAGUAGGA